AUGGCUAGCAGAACCCAAUUUGAAAACUCCAACGAGGUGGGGGUCUUCUCCAAGUUGACCAAUUCCUACUGUCUCGUUGCUGUGGGCGGAUCCGAGAACUUCUACUCUGCUUUUGAGGCUGAACUCGGAGACGUUAUCCCAAUUGUGAGAACCACCAUUGCUGGUACCCGUAUUGUGGGCCGUAUGACCGCUGGUAACAGACGUGGUCUUUUGGUUCCCACGCAAACCACGGACCAGGAGCUAAUGCAUUUGAGAAACUCGUUGCCAGACAGCGUCAAGAUCCAGAGAGUCGAGGAGAGAUUGUCUGCCUUGGGUAAUGUCAUUUGCUGCAACGACUACGUGGCCCUUGUGCACCCAGAUAUCGAGAGAGAGACCGAGGAGUUGAUCGCCGAUGUUCUUGGUGUGGAGGUGUUCCGUCAGACCAUUGCCGGUAACGUCUUGGUUGGCUCUUACUGUUCGCUUUCUAACCAGGGUGGUCUUGUGCACCCGCAGACUACGAUCCAGGACCAGGAGGAGUUGUCUUCGCUUUUGCAGGUUCCUCUUGUUGCCGGUACCGUGAACCGUGGUUCUUCUGUGGUUGGUGCUGGUAUGGUUGUCAACGACUGGUUGGCUGUUGCUGGUUUGGACACCACGGCGCCUGAGUUGUCGGUUGUGGAGUCCAUCUUCAGAUUGCAGGACGCCCAGCCUGAUGCCAUUGCAGGCAACUUGAGGGACACCUUGAUCGAGACGUAUACUUAG